AAAAAGAUAGGGGGCCCACUGAAUAUUCAUUUUACAAUAUUACCCUUGUCGUCUUCCUCUUCCCUGCUCAGUCAUCUAUUUAAUCUCUCGUUCCUCUGCAACCCAUCUCCAACAUGUCUGCUUUGAACUCAACAGCCAUGGCUUCCACUCUUCUUCGCUCUACUGUCUUCUUCUUCUUCUUUACCUUUCUGCUAGUCACUGACAUCGCCUAUUCGCAAUCGUUCAUCGGAAUCAACUACGGUCAAGUCGCCGAUAACCUUCCUCCGCCGUCGUCGACGGCUAAGCUACUUCAAUCUACUUCGAUCGAGAAAGUUCGACUCUAUGGCGCUGAUCCGGCCAUCAUCAAAGCUUUAGCAAACACAGGGAUCGGAAUUGUGAUAGGCGCUGCGAACGGUGACAUUCCAGCCCUAGCGUCCGACCCGAAUUUUGCUAAAAAUUGGGUUAACGCUAAUGUUGCUCCCUUCUAUCCGGCGAGUAAAAUCAUUCUCAUCACGGUAGGCAACGAGGUGAUAACAUCCAACGAUCAAAAUUUAAUGAACCAGCUCGUGCCGGCGAUUCAGAAUCUUCAAAACGCGCUCGAUUCGAUGUCUCUGGGGAAUGAUAUUAAGAUUUCCACUGUCCAUUCCAUGGCGGUGCUUCGCCAAUCGGAGCCGCCGUCGUCCGGGCUCUUCCACCCGGACUAUAUGAGCGUGUUGAAGGGGCUAUUGGAGUUCAACAACGCCACUGGAUCGCCAUUCACCAUUAACCCAUAUCCAUACUUCGCUUACCAGAGCGAUCCACGACCGGAUACUUUGGCCUUCUGUCUUUUCGAGCCCAACGCCGGCCGGAUCGACACGAACACCAAUAUCAAGUACAUGAACAUGUUCGACGCUCAGGUGGACGCCAUAAGAUCUGCAUUGAACUCAAUGGGUUUCAAGAACGUAGAGAUUGUGGUGGCGGAGACCGGUUGGCCGUACAAAGGAGACGGCGACGAGGUGGGCCCAAGUCUGGAAAACGCCAAGGCAUUCAACGGGAAUCUGAUUGCGCACCUUCGUUCCAUGGUCGGAACGCCAUUGAUGCCGGGGAAAUCAGUUGAUACGUAUCUGUUUGCACUGUACGACGAAGAUUUGAAGCCUGGGCCUGGUUCUGAGAGAGCUUUCGGAUUGUUCAAGUCUGAUCUUACAAUGGCGUACGACGUUGGUCUUUCAAAAAAUGGGCAGAGCACUCCGAUUCCAUCGGCCCCAGCAAAUCCAUCAACGAAAGCACCAGCAAGCCCAAAGCCAAAGGCAGGAGGAGGAGGGUCAUGGUGCGUGCCGAAGGGCGGCGUAUCAGAUGACCAACUUCAAGCGAAUUUGGACUACGCCUGCGGAGGAGGGCUGGAUUGCAGCGCCAUUCAACCCGCCGGCGCGUGCUUCGAGCCAAACACCUUGGCCUCACACGCCGCCUACGCCAUGAACCUGUUCUUCCAAACCGCCGGCGGGGAUCCAUCGACGUGUGACUUCUCACAGUCCGCCACACUUUCUUCCAACAACCCAAGCUACAAUGGCUGCAAUUAUCCUGGAGGAGGGCGCACGUGAUGAGAAGGCAGCUCAAUGGAAAUCACGAAGAUCCAUAUUCGAGUUUCCAUCUCCAUUAAUAUGUAUACUUCCUGAUGGUUUUGAAUUUAUAUAUAUAUAUAUAUAUAUUAUCGUCUUCAAGCUAUGGAUGCGUGCCGUUGUAAAUCAUAAUUAUGCGUAGUUAAAUCGGUGUUUUUGGCUCUUAA